AUGGGCAAAGAACAUCACUCCGACGAUGACGACGAAAUCCAAAGCGAUAUCAGCGAAGACAUCAAAGAUCCCAAUUCGAAGAAGAAAAAAGGCGACUCGAAAUCACAAAGUGCUGGAAAACCGAGGAGGGCGCGAACUGCGUUCACUUACGAACAACUUGUAGCUUUAGAAAAUAAAUUUAAGACGACACGGUACCUUAGUGUUUGCGAAAGACUGAAUUUGGCUUUAAGUUUAAGUCUCACUGAAACUCAAGUCAAAAUAUGGUUUCAAAACAGAAGGACGAAGUGGAAAAAACAAAAUCCCGGAAUGGACGUGAACUCACCAACAGUACCUCCGCCUAGUGUUACGUCGGGUAGCAGUUUUCCCGGCUUCCCAGGUCACCAUUCCCAUUCCGGCUUACUCUACUCCCAUCACGUACCUUACGGCGGCGUUUACCCGUUACAGGCGGCGACAUCUGGAAGUUACACACCAUAUUUUCACUUAACUAACCACGGCCAUAAUUUGGGAUCUUGA